AUGAAGGCAGCUCCUCUGCUGGUGUCCUGGCACAACGACAACACGCCCAUCUACUCUGCUCACUUCGAGCCCCACGGCAAGGGUCGACUUGCAACCGCCGGAGGCGACAACAAUGUCAGACUCUGGAAAAUCGACGGAAGCGGAGAAGACAGAAGCGUGACAUACCUAUCGACGCUCGCCAAACACACCCAAGCUGUCAACGUAGGGGAGAUGCUCGCCUCGGCUGGAGACGACGGAAACAUUCUGCUUUGGGUGCCCGCCGAGAACGCCGCCCUACAUGCCACAAACUUUGGAGAAGAUGGUCUGGAAGACAAGGAAACAUGGCGAACCAAGACAAUGUGUCGCUCGACGGGAUCGGAAAUAUAUGAUCUGGCCUGGUCCCCGGACGGCGUCUACUUCAUCACUGGCAGCAUGGACAAUGUUGCUCGUAUCUACAACGCCCAGACAGAGCACAACCACUACGUUCAGGGCGUCGCCUGGGAUCCGCUAAACGAAUACAUCGCUACUCAAUCGAGCGACCGCUCCGUCCACGUCUACACGCUCAAAACCAAGGAUGGUUCAUGUACACUGACCAACCACAACAAGAUCAGCAAGAUGGAUAUGCCCGCCCGCCGCGUGAGCCAAAGUAGUCCUGCUCCACCGGACUUCCGAGGUCGUGCAUCCUUUGUCGGCAACGAGUCUCCGGCUCCUAGUGCGCCCGGUACGCCUCUGUCGCUCGCCUUGCCCAUGAACCCUCCGCAAGCCACUCACAGCCGCCGCUCGUCCUUUGGUUCCGUCUCCGUUUCAAACCAGUCUAUGCGUCGCUCAGUCUCGCCCAGUCCGUCCAUGCCUCUGCCCGCCGUUAUGCCCUCCGCUUCUCCUAGCAUCGGCGGUGGCCUGAACAUGCCCUCACGCAGCACUGGCAUGUACGCCAACGAGACCUUUACAUCCUUUUUCCGCCGCUUGACCUUCGCUCCCGAUGGUAGUCUGCUCUUCACGCCCGCCGGUCAGCACAAAGAAGCACACCCUCCUACAACCGAGCCGAACAAGGCAGAUGACGUGGUCAACAUGACAUACAUCUACACAAGAGCUGGACUUAACAAGCCACCUGUCGCUAAAUUGCCUGGCCACAAGAAGCCUUCCUUGGCUGUCAAGUGUUCGCCCAUCUUCUACACUCUCCGCGCUUCUCCAGUUCCAACGAAGGAUAUCACAAUCGACACGCAUGUAGACGACGAGAUCCCUCUUCUGCCAGAGCCUGUCGUACCUUCAAAAUCCACUUCUUCCAUGGAGCCACCACCAAUCGUGCCAUCUCCAGCACCCAGCCAUGCACACCCAGCUCCUAUUCCUUCUCCCAGAACCGAAGAUGGCUCCGCUGCACCGACACCUCUAAGCGGUCCUCCACCAGUCUUUGAUCUUCCAUACCGCAUAGUCUAUGCUGUCGCUACCCAAGACUCCGUCCAUGUUUAUGAUACCCAGCAAUCGAAGCCGCUCUGUGUCGUGAGCAACUUGCAUUAUGCUACCUUUACUGACCUGACUUGCUUGAACUUCCAGCCUGGAGAACUCGGUGUCUCGUACCAGCAUCCUCCCAUUCCCCGCCACGUUCCAUCAUCAAUCAACACUGCCGGAUCUCCCUCUGCCGCUGCUGCAUCUCCUGCAUCGACACCUAUCGCCGCAACUAUGCCUCAAUUGAUGCGCAACCCAUCGUCACAAGGCCAUGGAGCACCUUCGCCAUCGCCUUUUACCAUGCCCGGUAGUCCCGCCAGAAGUUUAUCUACUGUCAGUGUUGCUGGCAGCAUGGCCGCUCCUGAACAAUCGGCCGACACCCCUGAGAUGAGCAGUGUACCCAGUCUCACGGCCGCUAGCUCUGGUACCAACAUGCAUGGCGGUAUGCCCAUGUAUACGCCGCCUCAAACACCUGGAUAUGUUUCCGCGACUCCUGGAGUGCCUCCUGCUGUGCCCGCAGCUACCAGCGCUGGACCUGCUUCUAUUGCGGCUGCAUCUGCCAAACGCGAGAACGAGGGCGGCGAAGACUCUUCCCGAGACAAGAGACGGAGGAUUGCACCUACGCUCAUCUCCGAUCCAUGA